UUUAGUACCCAUCGAAGAUUUGUUCUCAAUAAAUCAGAUUUAAGUCAGAAGAAAUUUCCGAAUAUAUAGUUAGAAAGAGCAUGAAAUUCCCAUUUUAGCUAACUACUUUUAAUUCUCUCCUGGGACCUAUGAGUGGAUGAAAAUCGAAUAAAGAUAUUGUGCAAAGACUUUUUACACGUAGGUUAGGUUGGUUUAAAUGUUCGAAAUUUUCGUAUCGGUGAUCAUGUUGGUGUUGAUUGUGUGGUUGAUUCAUGUCUUCAUUGCAAUUCGUGUUAGAAUAUUUUAUUUUUCUAUAUCUGCAUUGUUAAUCUUUGAAAAAUGAUUUUUCGGUAAGAAGAAUCUUGAACAACAUUAUCCGAACACAAUUUCUACAAACAAUAGUACUGAACUUCAUAAAGUAACAUCAAUAUAUGAUGGUUAUUCAAAUUUUAUUACUAUUAAAAAACAUUUUGCAAGCAAAAUAUCUAAAAAUUUACCAUUAGAUACAGUUACACCAUUACUUUGUGCUAGUAUUACAACUUAUUCACCUCUAAAACAAUAUCAUGUUGUUAUUAGUCUUGGUCAUAUGGCUGUUAAAUUUGGUGUAGCUAUGGGUACACAUGUUACUGUUAUUUCAACAUCAGAAUCAAAAUAUGAUGAUGUCAUAAAAUUUGAUGCUAAAGUAUUUCUUAUUUCAAAAGAUGUAGAACAAUUAAAAGGAGUAGAAAAUUCAUUUAAUUUUAUUAUUUAUACUGUUGUUUCAAUGAUUAAAAUCGGUGCACCACCAAAACUAGUGGAAAUUCCAGCAUUAAUUCUUUUAUUUAAACAACUAAUAAUUACUGGUAGUCAAAUUGAUAGAAUGAAACAGAAAAAAGAAAUUAGUAUAGCUUAUUUAUAA